AUGUGGCUGUGGGCAUUGCUCCCAGUCUUCCUGGCUGUCUUUGGCACUGUAGGCAUUUGGACUGUGUGAUAUGUCAGCUGGAGUUCAGGGUGCGUUCAUGUUGAAUGAUGACCAUUUUCUCAUUCUCCUGUUAGUCAGUGUGACACUUACAACCCUCAGAGCUGUCUCUUCACCCAGAUCUGCAACACCUGCUCUGUUUUAGGCAAGCAAUCAGUCUUAAAGAGAAUUCAUGUUUUGGGAGCAUUACUGGCUUUCUUCCUUGGCUUGGCCUACUUCUGGGUACAGCUGUUUCUGACCUAUCGGGCUCAGGCGUCACAGGACCGAAGCUGGGCUGGGCCUGCCAGGGCGACCUGCUGCACCCUCUAUACCGCCCUGGCCAUUGUUAGUCACACAGAAUAGGAAGGAAACUAACAGUAUAGGACAAAGUAUAUUAGGUAAAUAUAAAAUUCAGGCUAAGUUGAUUCUUAUUUCCC